AUGAGGGGAUUCUUGGAAGACCCAUCUGUGAUCCAGAUCAGGAACUACUGCAGCAACAAGUUUGCAGCAUGCUUCCCAGACCAUGCUGCCCUCUACAGCUAUGUGGGCAACGCCGACUUGUACAGGAAGCACAAGGCCUUCCUCUGGCCUCCCUUCUCCUCCCUGGCCAUCAAUGAGGAGAAGAUGUCCAUCAGCCAGCCUCACAGGGACACACAAGAUCUGCUGCAAGGACUGGCAGGUGUCUUCAGCUUCGGUCAGUACAAGAUGACAACGCUCAACUUCAAGGAAGCAAAGGCAUCAGUGGAGAUGCCCCCAGGAGCUCUGUGCUUCUUACCUUCUCAUGUGUUGACCCACUUCAACACAGCCAUCGAGGAAGGAGAGACCAGGGGCUCCUUGACUAUGUUCCUUGGCCAUGAUGUGGUACGUUGGAUCAAGUAUGGAGGAAAGGCAGGAGAAGCUAGCAAGGAGGUCAUCAAGAAGGCAAGGGAGGAGUUCAUGGAGUGGUGGAACAUGUUCAAGAAGGUAGAAGAGAAGGGCCUCUAG